AUGCUUGCUCGUGCGAAUAGCGAUGCAGGUACCCGACUCCGCCGGUCUAAGUCUGCCUCGACCGUCCACAAACGUCCCACUUCCAUCGCCGAACCGCUGGAUCUAGAUGCGAUCAAACAGCAGGCCCUGGCUGCAGCCACUGCUGCCUUUGCUCGUGCGCAGGCUCAAAAUGCGGCAGACCGUAAUGCAAAACGCAGUGUCGAGCUGGCGAGAUCGAAGAGCAACGCCAGCCGCAAGUCUCUCACCUCCCAGGGCAGCCACUUUCCUCCUCGCGACUCGAGCUUCCGGUCUUUGCAGCGUCCGACGGCCGAGCAGACGAGAAGUGCUCAACGCCUGUCUCAAGCUUCAGCAGACUCUAUGGAACAGAACACAGAGCAAUUCCCGCCCUUCUAUCCUACUCCCAGCGUUCAUGGGUCGCUUUCCAUACCGCGAUAUCUAUCGACGCAGCCUUCGAUCACGUUCAGCGAAAAUGCUAGACCUAGUUCCCAACCGAAGUCCUUCAGGCAGAGUGCUUCAUCCUCAAUUACCUCGCAGCAGAUACGGAAGGCGCGUUCCAUGUACUACGCAAGCAGUGUUCAGACGGGAUCACCGAUUGCUCGGCCGCCGUCCAAGUAUCUUACAACACCACCUGUAGCAAGCAUCAGCCCGGUAUCAGAACCCUCGCCCAUACCUCUACCCUCUCGAACGAUUCGGCCGUCACCACUGGCAGGCCCGCGUAUGCCGGUCACAGUCGGACCUGACACUACGCUUGACAAAGUACGAGAUGAGUAUCUACAAGACUUUCAGCAGAAGGCGGUGAAGCACAAGCCGUCGAUGUUUCUAGCGCCCUUCAAGAAACGACAAGACAAAGGAAAUGAUAAGGGCAAGCGUGUCGCGUCGGAAGCGCAAUCGUUCUCUACGAAUUAUCAGCAAACACCCGACGAGUCGACGGUGGAUCUUGCUUUGAGCGACUUCGUGCCACCCCAGGGAAUCAAGGAAAAGAGAUCGUUUUCUGGCUCCCUCAAAAGCAAGAUCAAGAAGGUCUUUCGGCGCACGUCGGGCAAGUCGACCAUUCUUCCUGUUCAGCAGAUCGAUGCCAGCCGUGACUACUUCCAUACUGCGCACUACAGUCCACCCACUGCGAAAGAAGGACUCAGUAUUCCUCCGCCUAACGAAGAAACAUUGAAACGCAUUCGUGCUCGGACACCGUCACUUGAAGGCGCUUACCCCGCAUUUCUACGAUCUGGAUCCAGAAGCAACAGCACUGGAAGUGCACGGAGUAACCGGAGUCUUCACAGCGAAGCUAAUGCUGCGAACAUAUCAGCUUCUCGAGUUACAAGUUGGGGAACUACUACCACCAGCGACACGCUGACACAACGUGCCAUGAAGCGAAUGACCGUUAUCCAUGAGUCUAAAGAUAGCAUUGGGAGCGAGGCAGACCGUGCGGCAUCUACGAGUGCUUCGCGAAGGAAGUCUCUGCCUCUCCCACCUCUCGCUGCUUUCCGCGAUCCCAUGCCCAUGGAGAUCCUCACUGAAGAGUCACUUACGCCUGUCGAUCCCAAACGCGUCUUUUCUGCAUUGAUGAAAGAGAUAGGAUCGUCAAAAUCACAAAAGUCUUCAAGCCCCGCCAAACGAACACCAGGCGCAGAAAGCGAUGUUUUUGAGUCCAAACACGAGGACACGACAGUGGUUCUUAGGGGAUCGCUCGAUAUCUCCACGCCGCGACCGCAUGCCGAUGAUACAAAUGAGACUACUGAAUCGACUGUCACCCGCGCAGGAGAUCUCAAGCGUCGCGAUGACGAUGGCGCACGUGCUGCGACGUCAGACGCGGAGAAGUCUUCGUCGCACAUCGGCACUCGCGACAGCAACCAUACCCCAGUUCGACAGAUUGUUGAUACUGAAAAGCUCAUCAAAUACUCUCAGCCCGAAUCGAGGUCUCUUUCGAACAGGCAGCAUCUACUGUCAACACCCGAAGGCCACGCAUCUAGAUCGCGCCAGGCUUUUGAAAGGCCAGAAUUGCCUUCAAGAAAUGACCGGUUUUCUUUCCUUGAUACUGGUCGGCGCUCUGGUAGCAACGUCCUUGAAUCAGCCACCGAGACACAUGCGCCGGGCAAAUCCCAAUCCUCGCCCAAGUCCACACCUGAUCCCAAAGCUACCACCAAUACAUCUGCCCCAGCCACGAAUGAGACUACACAGCGCGUACCAAUCACUACCCUCAAGAGGAGCCCCGCGCGCAAGGAGAAUAUUACUCCCCCAUCCCUCCGCAGUCACAAAAGCUCCACCAUCUCCCCGCUAGGUCUAUCGACGCGACCAAACUCCCAGCAACUACUGUGUACGCCCCGCCGUAACUCACCCAGCACCAACGUUCACACCCUUGAAACACCGUCAGCAAAGAAGAAUACCAGCUCAGCAGAAAUAGUAACGCCCCUCCGUCCUCGUAUCCGCGCAACUUUACGGCCCAUGUCGCCCGAGAAACUCGCUCGUAGACCACGAAGCGCCUUCGACCUCCGCGGCACCAACAAUACAGGUCGUCCCGCCGUCAUAGACAUGGAUAACUACUCUCCACUUCCUGGCUCAGAGCUCCGUCGUCCAGCACUAACACUGAAAACUUCGACUAGUUCAUUGGCUAUGAGUAAGGAACCGUAUCCUGAGACCAGAGUUUCUGUUGGGAGGGGUAUUGAAAGUGUGCUUGGCGGUGAAAGCCCUGGGAACGGAGGCAGGGAUGGCAAUGUAACACCAGGUCAGCGAAUGGCCGACAAAUUCUUAAGGCAGAGGAAGAGUGAGAAUGCUUUGUCGCCGGGUGGAAGUGCGGGAAAGCAGAGCUUGAGGGGUGGGUUGGUGUUGGUUAGGGAGGAUACGCCUGCGUUCUUGUGA